ACUGGGGGAGAAACGCCGCCUCCUACCGCGCGGGGGCGCUGCCUGUGGAGGGCGGCAGGUCGCGGACGCGGAAGUUGUCCGUCCUCUCCGCGGCUCGGUACAUUUCAAGAUGGCCGGGUUUGGCGGAGGCGGUCCGUAAAUCCUGGAGAUUAAAAACUUUCCGUUUAAAGGACCGAUCGGAUUUAAAACGUGAAAACGCCGAACGAGAGGAGAUGUCGGGAGAGCCGUAGCCUAGCGGGACCGGGGGUGGGAUGACGGAACCCGUGUAGAGAAGGCGGCCUAUUUUUGUGAGUUUAUUCUUAAUUGUUGGCUUUCUGUGUCAACAAGAAGGCUUUUCGGUGGAGUUUAAAUUCACACACUUUGUGGGACAUUCCGCGGUGUGUAGCUACCCUCUUUAACAGUCUUCCCAGUCGCCGUGAUGAGUCUUGUGCGUCCGUUAUUAAAAUCUAGACCUCUGAUGAGUUUGAAACCUCCCUCUUUUCCAGCUCCUGCUCACAAUAUGACCAGUCCUUUCGCCUUAUUUCGCUCUGGUAUGAGCUAGGCAGUCAGGACGGUCUGUUUUUCGUGUUUGUAUUUAAUCAGCUGUGGUUCCCACAGUAAGCGGCGAUGCUCAUCCAUCUUGUGCGAGUUUACCUGAUUUGAUUUGUUUAUACGACCUACAAUUUCCGUGAAGGGCUCGUCUGAACAGUGAAAAUCGAGUUUGAAGAUCUGUUCAAGGGGAAACCUUCAGUUUUUCCUGUUUCUGGAUCCUCGACAGCGCCCCCCCCACCCUCACCCCCACCCCGCCUUGCAGAGGGAGGAAGAUGCGGUGUUAGACCUGGGGGAGGUGUGUGCACCCUGCGCCCCGCCCUGUCCCUGACCCCCCGGCACGGAGAAUGGAGAGCGACUGCAGAAUCCCCCUGGGUGGUCUCUCCCAGCCCGGGCUGCUCGUCACCCCUCGAACCCUGGCCCUCUGCGCCUUUCUGUGGGGGCUAAUAUCGGUCAGAGUGUUCGGUGCUGCUGUCCUUGAAGAGGAAAAGACCCCAGAGAUGGUGGCGUUUGCCACCCCUUGCUGGCAGGUAGAGGAGUUUGUUGUGGCCCAGGAGUGCGCCCAGUGCAACUCUUUCCAAAGUAAGACGUGGCUGGCCUGCAGCUCCACGGGGUACGUGGAGAAGAUCAACUGUGCCAAGUCCAACAAGGACGAGUACAAGAGCUGCCGCUCGGCUGUGAUGGAGGAGCGGCGUUUCUGGAGGUUCGAGGGGACCAUGGUGAGCCUCACCGUCCUCUUCGCCCUGGUGGUGGUCAUGCGCCAGCGGGCUCUGGAUCGCCUGGCCUCGGAGAAGGUCCGCAAGCAGAUCGAGUCCAUCUAGAGGCCGGGGUCGCUGGGGCAGGAGCCAGCUGCCUGCCGCACUGUGGGGGUGGACAAAGCCGCGCUGUUGUUUUGAAACAAAGAUGUGGCCAUGAGGGGUUUAUGACAAAAAGGUUUACAAUAUUCUUCGAGCCACUGGUAUUUGUUUUCGCCUAGUUUGCACGGGGGGGGGUCGAGGGAAGGAGAUGAUGGGAGUUCUGUGCCAGGACUGAACAUUUCGCAGCUCGGCACCCUGGGAUCUUCAGCUUGGGAAGGCCAGAGGAAAGGAUAAGGGUGAAGAUCUCCUGAUGGCAGAGGAAAAACCCAGGAGUGAUGCCCGAGGAAAACCACUCGGAACUUCUGCCUUUAAAGAGCAUCUUGUCGCGCGCACCGUUCUUAGUCUGAGAUGGGAAGGGGGCUGUGGUGCCCAAGACGAGUGGCCUUUCUGCCUGUUUUUUCUUUCCCAUAACCAUUUCUUCUCAAACAUCCGUCAAAGAGGGACUGUAGCACUGGGGCUGGUGGACACGGCUACUCCUGCUGCUUUAGUUUUGGCUUCAGCAGUUGAAAUCUUGGUCUCCUGGAGCGCACCCUUGGAAAGAACGCCCUGCGUGUUGGUCUCGCGUGGAGGAAGAGGCUGGGAAACCUUGUCCCAAAGGUCAAAGGUCAAGUCAGCUCUUGGUCAGUCUUGGUGCUGAAAGUUGAUCCUGGCGUAAUACCACUACAAGGUUAUGCAGGGCAGCUGGUGAUCUGCUCUCGUAUUUUAAUUUCUCCUCCACGCCCAACCCCCCCAAAUGUUGAUGAGGUAGUGGAGCUAUGCUAGGAAUUGAUAAUUGCUUUUCUGUAAAAUUAGGACAGGAAAAACUGGGAAUGUUUUUAAUUUCCCAGAAUAGUUGGAGAGCCUAUGGAUAUUCCAAUGUUGCAGUCCUUUGCCUUGUAAUUAGCCAGCAUCGAAGUAUCAAUUUACUGUUUUGUAGUGAUCAUGAAUGUUGUAAUGAUCACGUGUGGGAGCAAGGUCUGUGUGAAAUCGGGUUUUGAUUUUUCAGAUGACAUUUUCUGUGAGGGGUUAAGCAAUGCUGAACACAAAGAUCCACUUGGAAGAGUGACAACCGGACUUUGUACAGCCUCAUCCAUUGUGCUGUAUGAGCACAUGAGAAGAAAACACAUUUUCUAGCUAGAAAACAAGAAAGGCUUUUUCACAUAGCUGCAUCUCGGACCCCAGGCAUGUGCAAAACUUCCUUGGAUGUUUUUUUUUUUUCCCUCAUCUGCAUUCUUCGGAUAAGCAGAACACCGAUCCACGGGACGCUCAGCGCAUAAACUUGCAAAAACCUCUGGCUUUCGACUAACAAGGCCGAAUCUCAAACCUGAAUCCACGUUCACACAGCUCCACCGCCAGUGGUGGGCAGCGCAAUAGGAAAGGUUUGGGUUGUACUACCCCCCCCCCCCCAUUUUAAGGGAGAUUUUAAAAGCCCCCAGCUUUUAGUUUUCUGUGCUUCCUGGGACACUUGGAGACCGUCACAAAAGGGCUUAAAGGUGAGGAAUGGGAGCUGUGUAGGGAGUCAUGUGCUUGAUGAAAUGGCCUGACCCAGGGGGACACAUUCAAGUGGAGGAGACCCUGCCUGUUUUUCCUAAGGGAUGGGCAAUGGCAGCACACAGCCCAUCGGUAAGGUGGAGGUGCUUGGAAGAAAUCUAUCCCAUUUUGCAGAGCUAAAGGCAUGGCUGAUCUUCAGUGGUAUUGGGCCGGGAGUGCAUUUCGUACUGCAGCCUUUCAAAGAACAGGAGACCGAGCUGGAAUAGCUCUGGUCAGGGUUUGUGAAUGUCGCUCUGCUGCAUGCUGAGAGGAGGUGAAUGGCACUGUUUUUCCACACCUGUCUGUGAGGGAGAGACUCCUGGAGAUCUGGCCCAGUAGGGAAUUUUAGUCAAUGACUAUUGCAGGGUUCCCACAAGCAAAAAAAAAAAAGUUUCUGCUGUAUGCUGAUGAGCCUGUAUAGGCAUAGUACUGUUUUGUAUUGUAAAUUGCUGGGGUGACAGUGGUCGAUGUGGUCAUGCACAGGGGAUAGCUCUUCUUAGUGGUGCUUUUUGUUCUCUGUUAAAGGCUCAGUUGUGUCCAGUCAUGGUCUCCACCUGGCCUGGGGUGGCAGCAUGUUUUCCAGGUCUUUUUAAGGCAGCAGAACUUGACUAGCUGAGAGGAGCUGUCGAAUUGGCUCAUUUAAGAGGAUGAUGAUCUGCUUCAGUGGUAUGUGUUGGCACUGGGGCCCGGGGUUCAAUUCUGGACCUGGGGUGCUGUCUGUUUGGAGUUUGUGUGUUCACCCUGUAUUCAUAUGGAUUUCCUCCCAC